UAAAACCCUCAGUGCUCACGGCUGAAUCUUUGCGUCUCCCGAAACCCAGACUGUAUAACGUUACUGUCAGCAAAAACGCUUGGUUGGCAAAACCGAAUCAGACGGAUGUUUUUAUCACGAGUUUCAGUCUGCUGGCCGACACACAGGGACAGGUUAUCCACCAGUCAAGACCAAGCUCAUACAAGUCUUCUUUUUUACGAGUGCUACAGCUCAUUUAUAUUUCACUUUAAAUCGGCUGUUGUUACUUUACAUUCUAAUUCAUCCUCCAAGUCGAUUCUCCUGUGAUUUCUGCCACAUCUUGAUGGAGGAAUAUAAAAUAAAAAUGUCACAGCUGAGAUUAAGUUAAAAUGAUAAAUAUGGUGUGAUAAUUGUAAAACCAUUUGACUGAAAGGUGAUUUGCGAAAGUCAACCUGUGCUUUUAGCUGGUAUAUGAAAGUUGAAUGGCUUUUUCUGUAUCUGUCAGCAGGACACGCAGUGCUGAUUCCAGUCCAGUUCAUCCUAUAGUUACAGAGUUCUACACUCCCCAUGUCCCGGUGUCAUGCACCUGUGUAGAGGGGGGAUGUGGUGGCAGUUUGACCGCUUUACAAGGGGGGUUAUUAGAAUACUCGAUGGAUGUCUUCCAUCUGAACUGUCAAUAAUCUCGUGACUUUUUUCCUCAGCCAGUAGCUUUUGGAUUGUGUGUGUGUCUGGGGGGGUUGCUUACAGCUUCCUGCUGAAGACUGAAAUGUUUUGCUUUCCUAAUACUAUGUUGCAAAAAAAGGUUGUGAAAAAAGGAGAAGUACACUCAGAUUGUCUAACAAUAUGGGGAGAUCUGCCUACAUGGUGACAUUUAAGCAUGUUACAUAGCUGAGGGUGGAAGACAGUAGAAACAGCUUCACUGACCUACAUUAGUGCACAUUUUCAAAUACUGCAGCCACAGCAGCUCCUACAGGCUUGAUAUUUCAUAGCAAACAGGUGAGCCGUGGUGGGACCACUCCUUUUGUAGAGCCCGCUGUCAUGGCUCGGUACCUGAAGUAUUUCACCACUGUGGGUGAUGAGCAUGCAGUCCAGUUGGAGGAGGAAGAGCUGUAUGUGGCCAGCGAGGAGCUGAGUCCGGCCACAGGCCAGUUUCCAACAACACUGACCUUCAGGGAUUCACUGCAAAGGCUCUACAGGUCCGAUCGGUUCCAGGUGUUGGUGGUGUGUUUAGUAAUCCUGGAUGCCAUCUUUGUUCUGGCGGAGCUGCUUAUAGAUCUGUCCGUUAUCCAGUUGGAACAUGGCCACAUUGCUCCUGAGGUGUUUCACUAUCUGAGUUUGGCUGUUCUCACAUUCUUCAUGGUGGAGCUGGCUGGUAAGCUCUUUGCUUACCGCCUGGAGUUCUUUCAGCACAAGUUUGAGAUAUUUGAUGGUUUGGUGGUGGUACUUUCCUUUGUGUUGGACAUUGUCUACAUCUUCCAUGAGGACGCCUUUGAUGGGGUGGGUCUCCUGAUCCUGCUGCGACUCUGGAGGGUGGCCAGGAUUAUCAACGGUAUCCUGGUGUCUGUGAAGACACGUGCACACCAAAAGAUCCACAAGUUGAAGGAGAGCUAUGACCACCUCGUUCAAAGAGUCACAGAGCUGCAGGAGCGCAGUGAUAAACUGGAACAAGAGAACCAGAAGCUUCAGGCCCUCCUGAAGAAGCACGACAUAGACUUCUAACUCAUCAUGCUAACUGUUGUGGAGCUACUGUUCACUCUCAUUGAUACUGUGUACCUUUCUUUUAAUUUUCAAAUAUACAUUCCAAGAUGA